UCUCUCUCUCUGUACGUAUAUAUGUGCAUGAGAGACUGUCGUCCAACCUCCAUUAACCUACCCCACCUCUGAGCUAGCGAUCGAGCUCCAAACAUAGAUAAAUUCUCCCACCCAACACCCAGCAGAAAUACUGCCUCAUCAAUGGCGGAAGAUGAUCACAGUUAUCCCAAUCUUAAUCACUUGCAUCAUCUCUUCACGCCUAGUUUAAAUCCAUUGUCGUCCUCGCCAUUGUUACUGACGCCGCAGCUUCCUCUACUUCCCAAUAUUCAAGAUCAGUCGGUUCCUGAUCAAACUGCCGCAGCUCCGGACGUGACAAUCGACUGGGAUGGCGCUGGCCUCCUCGUAGCAAACGCCAUUGAUCAGAAAGAGACGCCAUUGCCAAGUAGUAGUAGUAGCAAAUUGGGCAGAGGUUUGGCGAAGAAGAAAGCCCUUAAUCCGCCGAGGAUUGCGUUCCAUACUAGGAGCUCCGAGGAUGUUCUUGAUGAUGGCUACAGGUGGCGCAAGUAUGGCCAGAAAGCUGUCAAGAACAGCCUUCACCCCAGGAGCUAUUACCGGUGCACCCAUCAUACAUGCAAUGUGAAGAAGCAGAUCCAGAGGCUGUCAAAGGACACAAGCAUUGUGGUGACAACGUAUGAGGGCAUCCACAACCAUCCUUGUGAGAAACUUAUGGAAACCCUAGGCCCUCUUCUCAAGCAAAUCCAGUUUCUCUCUGGCUUCUAAUUAAUUGAGAACCCAGCCAUAUAUAUACAUAUAUAUAUUUCUGCUAUAUGCUAGACUGAAUGAAUUGAUGUUGAAGCAUGCAUUCACAGUCCUGCUGGCUUGAUCACUCCUAACUUAUGUAUAUUGUACAUAAACCAAAAGGAAGAAAAUCAUCAAGAGAAGGCAAUGUAUGUGGUUGAUAUGUACGUAGCUGUACAUGAUCAGGCAUCUAUCUACUUUCACAAACAUGCACACACACACACACACACAUAUAUAUAUAUAUGUAUGUAUGUAUGUAUGGAUGUGUCUUUGUCAAUACUUAAAGAAGCAAUACUGUCUGAUAUCAGCUGAUAUUGUGUGUUCAAAUGUGAUAUUUUCUUCUUUGAUAUGAUAGUGUAUUGUUCUUCUUACGG